UGGUGCUGGGAGGAUCAGGCUAGCAUUGGUGUGAAGAUUGGGGUGUGGUAAGGGAGAAGGUUGGACUGUAAAUGAAGGUUGUCUUACCCCCUUUCAGAAGUGAUGUAUUUCCUCUUUUAAUGAAGUGCUUUGAAGAAUUACAGCCCCUGUCUGUAGACUUGAUCUGACCAAGUGAAAACAAAGGACAGUCAGAAGCAAGUUUCUCCAAAUUUGAAAUUCCCUUUUUAAUUUCAUAAUUCAUUUUCAGCCUUUUCCCUAUGCUUGUGGAUUGUGGUUUUCUUUUUCUUUUCUUUCUUUUUUUUUUUAAACCAAGUAAUACUUGUCAUAGGAAGAUAAACUUCUUAUCCAGGACUUACUACUUCAGAAUGGGCAGAUACUUUCAGACAUAAGAGAUUCAAGAUCCAGUCCAUAUUAUGGCUGGCAGUGGGUCCAGAUCAGGACCAUCCAGUGGAUUUUCCAUGAAAUCACAGCUUCAGAUCACUGUUAUUUCAGCAAAGCUAAAAGAAAAAAAUAAAUGGUUUGGACCUAGCCCUUAUGUGGAAGUCUCAGUAGAUGGACAGUCAAAGAAGACAGAAAAAUGCAACAAUACAAAUAGCCCCAAGUGGAAACAGCAUCUAACAGUAAUUGUGACUCCUGUAAGUAAAUUAAACUUUCGAGUCUGGAGCCAUCAAACAUUAAAAUCUGAUGUCCUUCUGGGAAGUGCUGCUCUGGAUAUUCAUGAGACUUUGAAAUCAAACAGUAUGAAACUUGAGCAGGUAGUGGUGACAUUGCAUCUUGUUGGUGACAGAGAACCAGCAGAAGUGGUAGGAGAUUUGUCUGUCUGUCUAGAUGGGAUGCAGGUGGAUCCUGAGCUCCUAACCAAUGGUGAUGCCUCAAGUACAAGAAGUCCUACACAGAAUGAUAGCUCCAAAGUAAAGAAUGAUGCACGGACUAACUCAAAUGGCCUUGAAGGCUGUGAAGAUGCUGCUCCCAAUGAAAACAAGACUGUUAAUGGCAGUGAUUCUCCAUUGCUCACAAAUGGAAACUGCAAACCUUCUAGACCUCCCAGGCCUUCUAGACCACCUCCACCUACUCCCCGCAGACCCACUUCAGUAGCUGCAAGUAUAAAUGGUCCUUCAUCCACAUCCACAGAAAGUGAUGGGGCCAGUGCAGGAUCGCUGGCAGGUACAGCUGCAAAUACAUCUUCAGAACAGAGCCCUGAGGGGGCAACAGCUGCAACAACAGCUCCUGCAACUGCUGCACUCACCACACCUCCAGUAUCCAGACAAGUCCAGCCAGUAAAUCCUCCACCUCAGGCGCUUGCUACAGUCAGUCAAGGUCCUCUUCCACCUGGUUGGGAGCAAAGAGUAGACCAACAUGGUCGAGUAUACUAUGUAGAUCAUGUUGAAAAAAGAACAACGUGGGACCGGCCAGAGCCUCUUCCUCCAAGCUGGGAGCGACGAGUUGACAACAUGGGGAGAAUUUAUUAUGUUGACCACUUCACUAGAACAACAACGUGGCAGAGACCAACAUUAGAGUCUGUCCGGAAUUAUGAGCAGUGGCAGCUUCAGCGCAGUCAGCUUCAAGGAGCUAUGCAGCAGUUUAAUCAGAGAUUUAUAUAUGGGAACCAGGACUUUUCAUCCACACAGAACAAAGAGUUUGAUCCUCUUGGCCCUCUGCCACAUGGAUGGGAAAAGAGAACUGACAGCAAUGGCAGAGUGUAUUUUGUCAAUCACAAUACACGAAUCACUCAGUGGGAAGAUCCCAGGAGCCAGGGUCAAUUAAAUGAGAAACCCUUACCAGAAGGCUGGGAAAUGCGAUUUACUGUGGAUGGUAUUCCAUACUUUGUGGAUCACAAUAGGAGAACCACUACAUAUAUAGAUCCCCGCACGGGCAAAUCUGCUCUAGACAAUGGACCUCAGAUAGCUUAUGUGCGCGAUUUCAAGGCAAAGGUCCAUUAUUUCAGAUUCUGGUGUCAGCAACUGGCAAUGCCACAACACAUAAAGAUUACAGUGAGCAGAAAAACAUUAUUUGAGGACUCAUUUCAACAGAUAAUGAGCUUCAGCCCUCAGGAUCUACGGAGACGCUUAUGGGUUAUUUUCCCUGGUGAAGAAGGCUUAGAUUAUGGAGGUGUUGCAAGGGAAUGGUUCUUUCUAUUGUCACAUGAAGUUUUGAACCCAAUGUAUUGCCUGUUUGAAUAUGCAGGGAAAGAUAACUACUGCUUACAGAUAAAUCCAGCCUCUUACAUUAAUCCAGACCAUCUGAAAUACUUCCGAUUUAUUGGAAGAUUCAUUGCCAUGGCUUUGUUCCAUGGGAAAUUCAUUGACACUGGUUUCUCUCUGCCGUUCUAUAAACGUAUCCUAAACAAGCCAGUAGGACUCAAGGAUUUAGAAUCUGUUGACCCAGAGUUUUACAACUCUCUCAUCUGGGUAAAAGAGAAUGAUAUUGAAGAAUGUGGCUUGGAAAUGUUUUUCUCAGUUGAUAAAGAAAUUCUAGGUGAAAUCAAAAGCCAUGAUUUGAAGCCAAAUGGUAGCAACAUUCUGGUCACAGAAGAAAACAAAGAAGAAUACAUUAGGCUAGUAGCAGAAUGGAGACUUUCCCGAGGUGUUGAGGAGCAGACACAGGCUUUCUUUGAAGGCUUUAAUGAAAUUCUGCCACAACAGUAUUUGCAGUAUUUUGAUGCUAAGGAACUGGAGGUGCUUCUGUGUGGAAUGCAAGAAAUUGAUUUGAAUGACUGGCAGAGGCAUACCAUCUACCGGCACUAUACCAGGACCAGCAGACAGAUAGUAUGGUUCUGGCAGUUUGUGAAAGAAAUAGAUAAUGAGAAGAGAAUGAGGCUCUUGCAGUUUGUUACUGGAACAUGCAGAUUACCAGUGGGAGGAUUUGCUGACCUCAUGGGGAGCAAUGGACCCCAAAAAUUUUGUAUUGAAAAAGUUGGAAAGGAAAACUGGUUACCUAGAAGUCAUACCUGUUUCAAUCGCUUAGACCUUCCACCCUAUAAGAAUUACGAGCAGUUGAAGGAAAAGCUGUUGUUCGCAAUUGAAGAAACAGAAGGAUUUGGGCAAGAAUAGCUAAAAUUUGCACCUUGAAGAAUGUGAACUCAACACGAUGCUGAGGUGGAAGAAACACUGAAGCGAAUUCAGAGCCAAAAAGGAGUGCAGGGAAUCAUUGUUGUUAAUUCUGAA